AUGGAUCAGAUAAUAGGACUUGUUUCAAAUUAUGCAAAACCGAGAUAUGAGGAUGAUUUUGUGGAUCGAUUGAAUUUUCAGUACACUUCUUAUAUAUUUGGAUUCUCUGCAUUAGUCAUUGGUUAUAAUGUGAGUUGUAUAGAAAUUUCUGAAAAAAAUUCAAUGAAUUAGGACAAGGCCGGAAAGAACGCGGUUCUGAAUUGAUUCUUCAUUUAUAGGCUUUUUGCAGACAUAUUUUGGAACUUCGAUUAGAUGUUGGACACCGGCUGAAUUCCGUGAUGGAUGGAGUGAAUAUGCAAGAGAUUAUUGUUUGAUUGAGAAUACUUAUUAUCUUCCACUUGAAGAUCCAAAUCUUCCGCCAGCUGAACAACGUGAACAAAAAGAAUUGACAUAUUAUCAAUGGGUUCAAUUCAUUCUCGUUUUUCUCGCUUUCCUUUUUUAUCUUCCAUAUCUUUUCUGGAAAACUGUCAAUUGGUGGAGUGGAUUACAAGUUCGAUCUGUUGUAAAAGCAUCUGUCGAGUUGGAUAAAACAAAUAUGAAAGAAAGACAACCACAAAUGGAGAAAAUAGCCAAUCAUUUGUAUCAAUUUGUUGAUCACGGAGGACAUCGAAAAAGUCCAAUUCCUUUAGUUCCAAAUAUUAUUGGCAGAAAUUGGGUGGCUGUAACUUAUAUCAUAACCAAAGUCUUAUUUGUUAUCAAUCUUGUAGCACAACUUAUCCUUAUUCAUAUUUUCCUCGGAUUCCGUUGGGGUGACUUUUUCAGUUUCCGAAUUGGUUUUGGAAGUAAUUGGAUAAAUAAUGGGAUAUUUCCAAGACAAACAAUGUGUGAUUUUGAUAUCAGAAAUAAAGGAAGUAUUCAACAAUACAGUAUUCAAUGUGUUCUUCCAAUGAAUAUGUUGAAUGAAAAAAUCUUUCUGAUUCUGUUUUAUUGGCUCAUCGUUCUUCUUUUCGUACGUUUUUUUAAAUGAUUACUUGAAACAGUUACAUCUUUGUAGAUCACAAUCUAUAAUCUUUCUCGAUCAAUCAGCUCAUUCUUCCUUUUCACAAGUCGACAAGAAUUUGCCCAUCGAAUGUUGCAUGCUGGUUAUUAUGAUCAUUCAGAUUCUCCAAAUGAGACAACAUCUUCAGAAAAAGUGCCACUCAUUGACAGACCAGUUAGCUUGAAUGUAAGAAUAUUUUCUCUAUGAAAAAAACGAAAAUUUAUAUUUUUACAGAGCGAUCAACAUCGAUUCUCCUCAUUGAGCCCAGAUCUUGUUGUUAUUCUUAGUUUGAUUGCAAAAAAUGCCGGAGACAAUGUAUGUAGUGAUGUUCUUUCAUUGCUCUUCAAGAAAAUAUCUGAAAAAUCUCAAUAAUUAUGAACUUGUUCAAAUCAAAUCUGAUUUUUUAAAAAAUAAAUAUGUUUUAUUUUAUUCCUGAAGUAUUCCUGAAGAAAAAUGACCUCUGUUUAUUCAGCUGGUUUUCAUUCAUUGGUCAAUUUUCAAAUUCUCUCAUUUUGUAUAGUAGUCCGAAAAUGUUUGCUGUUUUUAUAUUUUUCAAUUCAUUUUUUGUGAUAGUUUCUAGUGAAAUUGGUAUGUUCUACUUGUAUUUUAAGGUUUCCAUUCAAAAAAUUAUAACAGAAAUUGCAGAAUAUCGAAUUUGUUGUGAUUCUGGAAAGAAAACUGAAAAAUGUACAAAAUUUCAAAAUCUCACAGAAAUGCUAGGUUUUUCGUGUUGUGCAAAUCAAAUUUAUACAACUCGAGAAAAUAUUUGUUGCGAAGGAAAAGUUUAUGAAAGAGAUCGUGGCGGUGGAGUUAUGGCACAUUCUUGUUGUUCUUCACAACCACUUCGAUUAGAUCAAACAUGUUGUUCGGGUAAAAUUCAUAACAUAAUAUCGGGUGAUUGUUGUGGUGAACAAGUUUAUUUUCGACGUGAUCCUUCAUUGAUUUGCUGCAAUUCAACACUUUCAAAUAAAACAACACCAAAUGAUAUUUGUUGUGGAAUCACAUCUUAUAAUCCAUUAUCCAAUUCCAAUCAUUGUUGUGGUGAUAAAGUAUCAAAACUUGACUCUUGUUGUAUUACAAAUUCGGGCGAAUUCAAAGAUUAUGAUUCAAAUACUCAUGUUUGUUGUGAUGGGCCAAUGUUGAAACAAUCAACUAAAUUAGCGUGUUGUUAUCUCAAAAAAGAUGAAAAAUUUAUUAAUACGGUCAGUUUUAUGUUGCUUUUUGUUAUCAGUUUUGUUGCUUUAUUUGAGGAGAAAAGAAGAGAGUUCGGUUUUAUUAUCUUUGAUAAAUUAAAAACGAUGUGUGUAUUUAUAAUUUAGAUAGGAGCAAAAGACUGGCAACAAUAAAUAAUACUUUAUUGUACCAUGGGAAACAAUUCCCUGUGAUAAGUCGAAUAGAGGGAACAGAAGACGGGAUUUCCAAAACAGGGCAGGUUCGAUAAGUCGGACUAAUUCAAAAUUUUUCACCAAAAAUUUUUUCGGAUUCCUUUCCAAUUCAGCCUUCCUGAACAUCUCCCACAAAAAAUGUUUUUAUUUCAGCAAUACGACAAAUCCAAACAAUGCUGUAAAUAUCCAUACGACAAGUUAUAUCUAAUUUCCAAAAAUGGAACUUGUUAA